AUGGAAGCGGCUGUGCUGCUAAUCUUCACAAUACAACUUGUAAAUGUGAUUUUAGUGGUCAAUUGCAAAAAAUCGGGGAAAAAGAAAAAUCGAGAUGAUGCUUCUAAAAGUAAAAGUGCUUCGGGAUCAAAUUCAGCAAUGAAGUGUCUUUCAAGUUUUAUUGGAAAAUAUAUGUUUUUGUUAAUUUUUAUGACAACGUUAUUCAUUAUAUUAUAGUAGGUUAUGUUGUUUUUCUGUUUAUUUAAAAUAUUUAGAAAAAGUCGAGUUCCUCUGAAGGCAGCUCUGGUGCUAAUACUUCACCAGCAGCUGCUACUUCAGCACAGAACUCAGAAACAGGCGCCACUGAGCCUGCGGCAGUAGCUCCGACUCCUCCGCGAUCUCAAAUGAAGAAGCCUGAUGUUGCAUCACCAGCUGCACCAGCCGCUCCAGUUGCACCAAAGAAUGAAGUUAGACGAGAAAAGUCACUUUUAAUCACACUACGGAAGCCUGGCGAGAAAACGGCGGAUGACGCGAACACUAAGGUAACAGAAGCGAGCAAGGUGACUGUCGCGAAUACACCAAAGAAGGACGAGGAGAAGACUCAGGAGUCGUUCAAGUGA